UGUGCCACGUUAUCACAUGCUGUGAGCAAAUACACCACUGCUGAGCUCAGAUCUUUCUUUCUGUCCAGCACAGCCGUCUGAAUAGCAGCAUGUCAGGCCUUAAUGCUUCGCUGGGCUACUUUUUAGCCAUAGUCGGCGUGAGUGUGGUUGGGCGGGUGUUGUUCGCUCGCUGGACACUCCUGACGGAGUUCAUCGCCGCUUUCGCGCUCGCCGCCUGCAGACUGGAGGUGGACACCAUCGCGGAGGUCGGCCAGUGGGCCGGCGCGCUUGGGCCUGACGUCGCCGUCACUAUGCUCUUCAUAUCCCUCGCUGUCCAUGGCGUCGUCAUGCAGGGCGUGAGCGGGAACCCGUCGGUGACACUGAUGGAGCUCCUGCAGAAGGACGUGGGUGCCGUGUCGGUCGUGCUCAGCGUGGCGGCGCAGUUAUUUGGCGCAUACGCCGCGCUUCUGGUCGCCGGGAAGUACUGGCAGAUGGAGCUGACCGACAUGCACAUGAUCAAGAACCUGAUGAUGUCCGAGUGCAGCACGUCGCUGCAGGUUCCGCCGCUGCAGGGAGUCUUCGCCGAAGCCCUCGGAGCCCUGACCUUUCACCUGGUUUAUCUCGUCAUGAAGAACAGGUCGCAGCUGCUGCAGAUUCCCAUAUUCGCCAUGCUGCUGACAUUCAUCGCCUAUACAGGAAAUAACUACACGUCUGGAUAUGUGAAUCCAUCCCUGGCUUAUGCCAUGACAUUCACCUGUCCGGGACACACUUUCCUAGCGUAUUCUCUUGUCUACUGGCUCGGCCCUCUGAUUGUUUACUCCAAGAAGGCACGUUUCCGGGUUCCCAAAGGGAAAACCUCUGAAGACAAGAGCAGCUAAAGAGACAUAAAAACACAGCACUGAUGUGGUCACUUCAGAAACCAUAUUUUAUAGUCACAAAACAUAUUAUGGUUUAACUCUAAAUCUGGUACAACUUCUCUGGUUACAUUUCUGUUCAUCUGGUUUGAGGUCUGCAGCCAGUUUCAACAAACCCCUCGUCUUGUGUGAAAUUUAUACUAACAUCUAGGAGCCAAAGAACAUUUAUUAAAUAUAUAGCAAAAACAUAUUUUACAAAUAUUUAAUAAGGGGGACAAAUCAUACAAAUGUACAAGAAAAUUGUGAUAGACUGAUAAAAUAUUCAAAGUAUGCCACAAUGUAAUAAAAUAAUUUGUAAAAUAUUUAAUAAUGUUUAAAAAAAAUGUAGUCUUUCAUAAUUGCUGUUCUUCUUUAUUCUGGCCUGUUUAGAAAAUACAUAAUAAACAAUAACAUUUCUUA